AUGGACGACAUGAACAAACCCUCACACGACCACAGAGAUGUUGAGAUGGAUCAUCACGUGGACAGGCGGUCUCUCGAUGAUGAACAACUACUGGCUGCCCUUGGGCACAAACAGGAAUUGCGACGCGAGUUCUCGCUAUGGUCACUAGGUUGUUUGUGCCUCUGCCUCAUGGCAACAUGGGAAGCACUAUCAACCGUGGUCGCUGCCGCUUUGAUCAGCGGAGGGCCUCCUUGCCUGUUCUACAACUAUGUCAUAUCAUUCCUGGGAACGAUAGCCGUAGCCCUAUCCUUGGGUGAGAUUGCCAGCAUUUGGCCAACCGCAGGAGGUCAAUAUCACUGGGUUGCCGUCCUUGCUCCACAAAACACUCGAGUCAUCGCAUCGUGGUUCACUGGCUGGAUUUCUAUCGGUGGUCAGAUUGUGCUUACAGCUUCGGCCGCCUUCGCAGCUGGACUCCAACUCCAAGGGCUCAUCACCUUGAAUCAUCCCGAUAGUUAUGUUCCACAACGAUGGCAAGGAAUGCUGUUUUACUGGCUUGUUCUCGUUUACGCUGCCGCGGUGAAUAUCUGGGGGUCGAAGAUACUGCCACAUGCAAAUCUGGCUUCUGGUGUCUUGCAUAUCGUCGGCUUCAUUGCCAUUGUGGCUCUGCUGGGAGCCAUGUCGCCCAAGCACUCUUCGCACUAUGUGUUUGUAGAGGUCUCGAAUUCCAGUGGCUGGAGCAGCGAUGGUGUCGCUUGGCUUGUCGGCCUCUUGAGUUCGGUAUACCCAUUUCUUGGGUAUGAUGCCGCAGCACAUCUAGCAGAAGAGUUACCUCGUCCAAGUCGAAAUGCUCCUCUCGCCAUGGUUGGUUCCGUUGUCGCCAACGGAAUUUUAGGUUUCAUUUACUGCAUCAUCCUGCUGUACAGUCUGGGAGAUCUUAACGAUCUUCUCAAAUCACCUACUGGAUUCCCAUUCAUGCAGUUAUUCCUGAACGUCACCAAGUCCAAGGCCGGCGCGACCAUCUUGGUCCUCAUCAUAUCACUUAUUGCCGUCGCCGCAAAUGCCGCCGGGUUGACGUCGACGAGUCGCACCUUUUGGGCUUUUGCUCGAGACGAAGGUAUGCCAGCUUCGAGGUACUUUGCGCAUGUUCAUUCGAACCUCAAAGUACCGGUCCGUAUGAUCCUCCUCGUGACGGUCCUGCAAUUCCUGCUCGGCUUCAUCUACCUGGGCAACACGACGGCAUUCAAUGCCAUCCUUUCCAUGGCAAUCAUUGGCAUGUAUCUCAGUUACAUCCUCCCGAUCGUCUACAUGCUUCUAUGCGGCCGGAAGAAGCUCAACAGAAGUGACUACGGACCUUUCAAACUUGGCCAGAUUGGGGGUAUCAUCAUCAACACCAUCGCGGUCCUAUGGUUGGUAUUUGCCAUGGUGUUCAGCACUUUCCCCAACUUUGAGCCAGUCAAUGCUCAGAACAUGAAUUAUUCCACGGUAGUACUCGUCGGAUGGGUUUUGUUCGGCGCCCUUUAUUACCUCUUCUUUGGCAGGAAGGUGUACACUGGUCCGGUGGUUGAGACUCCUGCAACCGAAUUGCAAAUCACAAAUGUGCACGCCACUGAUCAGAAAUAGGCUGUAUGUACAUUAGGAGUGUUGUUCGAGAUGCCUGACCGGUGAAGAUCCAUGACGAGACUUUUAUUCGAG